AUGGAGCCUCCCCGAGAGUGGCUUAAGGGUUCUAAAGCCGCUGAUAACCGCGGCGGGCAGGUCCAUUCCCUGUACACAGCCCCUAUACUUCAGAAGAGUCCGAAUGCUAACCUGGAAAUCAUGCACAGCAAAGCGUCGGAGUUUUCUUCGGCUCGUAACUUCCAGGACCAUAACAAGACCAUGUAUCUGCCCAAGGAUGAGAACAAGGAGGGCGCUGGGUACCGGCUGCUGAACAUGCUGAGAAAAACUCUUAAAGGGUCUGAAAGUAAAGAACUGGAAAUAACACCUGAAGUGCCAACUUUGAUACCAUUUGGGGACGUGGUUGGCUGCCUUGCUGUUCAUAUAAAGAACUGCAGACAUUUCACGCCUAGGAUCAGUUUACAUUACAGUAACUUGUUCAUUCGCAUCUCUAUAAACAACAUUGUGAAAUGUACAAAAAUGUGUAGCUUGCUAUCCCGAAAUGAUGAAAAGAGCACUACAAUUAAUUUUGACGACAUAAAGUACUUUUCUGUACAGGUUCCCAGGCGUCAAGAUGAUGAGCGGAAUAAUAUUUACUUGGAACUAAUGCAAUAUAAAAAUACAGAAAAAUAUCCUCUCUUUUUAGGGAGUGUUCAGGUACACCUUUAUGAUGUAAUUCAGAAAGGGUGCUUUAUUGAAGAAUUUGAAAUGCUGAAUAAAAGCACGCUUAUCUGCAAGGUGGAGGUGGAAUUUAUGUUCUCCUAUGGAAACUUUGGUUACGGAUUUUCACAUCAGUUAAAACCUCUUCAGAAAAUUAUUGAGCCAUGCAUGUUUAUGAAUAUUGCACCACCUCCAGAAAGAAUAGAUCCUGUGACAAAUGUUAUUACACCACAACCAAUAGAAUAUCCAGCAUUCCUAUCCCCAGACCUGAAUGUUACCAUUGGGAUGCCAGCUGUAGUGCCCCAAUCCAACCAGCCAUCCGUAGUGCGACUUGAAAAACUUCAGCAACAACCUCGAGAAAGGCUGGAAAAAAUGAAAAAAGAAUAUAGAAAUCUGAAUACAUGGAUUGAAAAAGCUAGCUAUUUAGAAGGAGUUCUUACCCCAAAAUUGGCCCAUAGCGAACAUAAGGAAAUUGAUACCAACCAGUUACUAAAAAGCCUACAUGAAGAGGAGUCUGAAGUUUUUGAAACAUCAGAUGUCCCUUUUAUAAUGGAGGAAGCUGAAACUGUUCCAAGUGAGUUGCGGGAUAAUGAUGAUAAGAGAAGUAUGACUCUACCAACUCUGAACCAGUCAAAUCAAGAUAAUUCAGAUGCUGUUGCUCCUGAAAGUGAUGAGUCAACAAAGCAAACAGAUGAGUCAACAAAGCAAAUAGAUGAAUCAACAAAGCAAACUCCAUUGCCUGUUAUUCCUAUCCUGACAAUAACAGAGGAGAACAAAACAUCACCUUUAGAGGAAUACCAAUCAAAAGCUGUGCCAGAGGGAAAAAUGAAAAAUAUGUUCUUUCCACCAGAAGUAAAAUUGAAAGAUAGAUAUCCCAGCGUUUUAAAAACAGACUCAUCUCCAUCAGAGGUGAUUUUUUCACCAAAGGAACACAUUUUACCAGCUUUCAGACCACAAUAUAUAGAGUUCAAACCAAAAUACCAGUUCCAGAAAUUCAACUUUAAGGAUGGUUCUGAUCAUUUUCUAAGGAAUAUAAACAACAAAAUGUCAGUCAGAAAAAGGAAAGACCAAGAUAUGUCCAAAUGUAGAAACACUUUAAGUGCAGAGGUUAUAGAGCAUGAAGACCAAGAUCCUCCUUACCCAACAUAUUCAAAAACUGCAAGACCUACUAAUAAAACCUGGCCCUGUGAUCCUGCUUGUGAUCCCGAUUUCAUCACAGUAAAGACUUUAGACACGAAGAAUAAUUUAGCCCGUGAUCCUAAUAUGACCACAAUAGAGACUUUAGAUACUAAAAAUAAUUUAAAAGAAAGACUACCAAAUGUAUCUCUACCUAAUUUUGAAGGAGAAUCAUCAGUGACUGGAAAUAUAAAUACAUAUCACCUCUCAAAAUCAUUAAGUCUUACUUCCCACCUAGAAAAUUUAAAACAAUCAAUGAUGCUCAAAUCGAUUUUAAGUAAAAAUCUGCAAGACCUUCCAGAUAAAUUAUUUUCUAAACCAGAGGUUCCUAUGGACACUGAAGCAAGAAAGAAAAGUCAUAGUUCUCCACUUCUGAGUGUUCAUGAUGAACCACCAAGUAGUCUGGAAAACAAAGUGUGUGAAAAAGUUCAAGAUUUAAAUAACUGGCUUCCAGAAAAAGACAUUGUAAGUUCAAAGUCUCUUUUAAAACGAAUAAUUAAAGAUAUUCUUGCAGAUUCACUUUCAGAAGGUGGACCAAGAAAUUCUCCAGAAGUAGAAACAGCACUUGUCUCUGAAAAACACUUGGAGUCUGGUGAGAUCAAUUUUCCAAUUAAAAAAAAUAAUUUCAAACAGAAACAUUCAAAUAUUGAAGUGUCUAGCUCCAAACCAGGUAUAAGUGACACUGCAAAUGAUUAUGUUUUAAAGCAAAUAUUCACUGCACCUAUCUUCUCAGAGUUGGAAAUAGGAGUGAAAGAAUUGAAUGAGACACCAGUAAAUUUGCAGAAUCAAUUACCCACAGCUUGGGAGAGUUUAUCUUCAAAUAUUCUACUUCAUUAUGAAGAAAACAAUGAUGAAAUAGAAUUGCCACAGGCCAAAUCUGUUAUAAGCCAGAUAAUACAAGCAUUUCCUGUAGAUACUCUUUUAGAAUCUGGGAUAAUCAAAGUGAUAGAAUUAGAUAAACAAUAUCAGAAGAGUUCUGUGCUGGAUACAGAGACAGUCUUUGCUGAAGAAGAGCCAAAGUAUUCCACAGAGGAUUAUUCAGAAACCCAAAGCAGAACAGAAUCUCUUUCAGAGCAGAAUACACUUAUCAUUCCCAAAGAAACCACUUCUUCUUUUAAUAGAGUUGAAUAUAUGGAUGAAGGCCAAAAUAUAUCCCUACAAGAUUCAAAAUAUCAGUCAACACCAGAUAAAAAAGCAGAUAUGCUAAGUAAGAGUCAGAGGUUUGAUAGAGAAGAAAAUGAUCUAAAUUCUACUUUAGAAAAUUUAAGUAACUCAUUAAUGGGUAAACUUAAUGAUUCAGAUGUAAUAAUGUUAAAAUCCUUUUUAAAACAUAUGUUUAAUAUUUUUUUCAAGUAUAAUCAGUCUGAAAGAAGACAACCAGAAAAAGAAUUAGAAAGACUGAUUCAGCAUCCUUUUCCAAAUAAUACAGAAGACCUUGAAGAAAUAAAAAAGAAUUUUGAUAAAACAGAUAAAUUAGACAGAAAACCUAUUUUGAGUUCAAAGCUGUGUGUAUUUCUGGAAGAACUCUCAGAGUCAGAAAUAAAAAAUUUAAAAUCUGAACUAAGUAAACAUAUCCAACAUUACCUUGUAGAAAGACUUUCAGAAUCUGGACACAUCACCAAAGAAGACUUACCAAAAAUCUAUCAAAAUCUGUAUUUGAUGAAUGAGAAAGUGGAACCAAAAGGGCAAAAUAUUUUUCUGGAAAAAUAUUCAGAAACUGUAAAAGAAGUCAUGUCUUUUGUAAAUAAUUUUAAUCAUCAUUUCAUAGAUAAACAUUUGGAAAUAAAGCUAAAAUCUUUCUUAAAUGAAAUUCUCCAAAACUAUUUCCUAAAAAACCUUUCAGAAAGCAUUUUAUUUAAAGAGACAGAAUCUGAGACUAUCGACUCAAAUAUGUCUUCUCUAAGAACUAAAAGUGCUUCCAUAUCUUUCCGUGAGUUAGGACAAGACAUUUCAAGGGGGAAUUUUGGGAAAAGGCUUGACUUAAACAUGAAAUAUCCAUUAAAUAAAUCUCUACAAAACUAUCUUAUAGCUUUAUCAGAAAAUGAAUUACUAAAUCUAAAAGCUGAUUUAAGCAAACGCCUCCAGAGCCUUUUUAUAGAAAAACUUUCAAAAUCAGGACUAAUCACAGAAAGGCAAUUAGAGGGGAUCAACCAGCAUAUAAAUUUGAUCAAUUCUAGUUCCAUACCAUUUAAAUGUAUAAAGCCAGAUUUAUCUUUUAGAAAUGAAAACCAGUUUAUGGGGGAGAAUUCAGAAAAGCAAAAUAAAGAUUCAAAAAUUGUUCAAAAAACUACUUUACAAAAAAUUCCGGAGGAUAGACUUAUAGAAACAGAACUAACCAAAAAGGAAGAAAAGGAAUAUUUUCCCUUACAGAAUAUUAAGGAAAAUCCAUCAAUAAUUGAGGAACAGAAAAGAUACUAUCCUAAAGAAGGAGCCAAAACCCUGAGAUUAAUUAAAGUACAACCUUCUUUCAUCAAAAAUACCCAAGUGAUUCCAUUAAAUAAGUCAUCAGAAAGAGUUACAGGUAUAGUGCUUAAGAAACAAAGGAAAGAACAUGGUUUCAUCCAGCUUCCUCGAGCAGAAAAUUAUGAUUUUAAAACAGAAAUUCAAGACCCACAUAGUUGGAGUGGUAAAUCAAAAACAACUCAGUCAAAUAUUCACUUUGAAAGGACACUAAAAGCGAAGCCCCUUGAAAAAAGGGAGCAUAAUAUCUAUAAACUGAUGGCACAGGAAAAACCGGAAGCAGUACUGUCACCGUAUCCAAGAAUUCCUAAUUGCAAAAUGCCACGUGAAAAUGAAGAAUAUAUAUACAAAUACACUUUUCCUUCCAGGCAAAAUAACACUUUAACUCAUUUCAAUUUAGAGGCUGGGGAGAAAUUGAAGUUAGAAGACCAGUAUAUUGAGAGAUUGAAAGGAAAUAAUAACAAUAAUAAAAAACAUCUAGUAACAUUUGCACAAUACAAAAAAAUACAUACUCUUUCUGUAAAGACAAAUGGAAUUUGCAAUGAAAAAUAUGCCAAGUUCCCUGAAUCACAGUCGUUUAAAUACAAAGUUGUGGAAGCGGAGAAAAACUCAAAACCACCCCUCUUCCCAAAAGUAUUAAAGAGAGAAAAUCUAAAGCCCAAGGUCCGAAAAGAAAGAGACCAUGUCAACAAACAGAAGAAGUCAUUUAGCAAGAAAGUUAAGAUACUACCAGCCACACUGCCCACUGCAAGAAUUCUAAGGAAAUCUGUUCCAAGGACAAUGCUUCACUGGACUGCAAGAAGAACUAUACACGAUUGUUCGGAUAGAUUUGAGGAUAUACCUGUGACCUCAUUUAAGCAUGCUGAACAAGCAAAAUCAAGAACAAGGCUUUUAGGAAAAAGUCCGGAUGAUAGCCAUAAUCAGUUAAAACACUUUGCAAGACCGAAUACUGCUCCAGAGGUUCACAAACGGCGAGAGAACUACAGCGGAAAAUUUACAAGUCCUCGAAUGGUUUCAGCAGGCUUAGUUCACAUAAAUGAUGCAAUCCCAGAUUAUGAAAUUCAUAAAAUGAAGCAAAAAAAAUUAAAAGAGAAUAUUGAAGUGUUCGCUCAUUUGUGA